CAGACCAGGGUAGUCUGAUAUGCUGGAAUCCACUUGUUACGUGUUUGGCUAAGAAAGCAGGUAAUUUCCUCAAAGAGCUACUCUUGACUUGCUAGAACAGAAGGUCUGAUCAGAACUGUCCUUUUCCAGUUCUUCAACUGACAAGAUAUGGGUAUGACAGGAAGUAAGCAAGCAGGAGGUAAGCAAGCAGGAGGGUCAGCUGAUCUGAGGAUUGUUCUGUUGGGUAAGACAGGAGCUGGGAAGAGCAGCACAGCCAACACCAUUCUCGGAAAGAAGCUGCUCAAAUAUUCAUGUCGUGCAAACUCAGUUACAGCUACAUGUCAGGCUGCAACCAACACUGUUGAUGGGAGGAAAAUCACUGUGGUUGACACACCAGGGUAUUUUUCUACUGGGUGCACUGAUGAAAAGCUAAAACCUGAGAUAGCCAAGUGCAUCAUAGAGUGUUCCCCUGGACCUCACGCUUUUCUUAUCGUGCUGCCUGUGAGGAGAAACAAAGAGGAGGAGAAUAAAGCAGUGGAAGAGAUUCUGAAUAUGUUUGGGGAGGGGGCUCUGAAGUACGCUGUUGUCCUGUUUACUCACGGAGACCAGCUUGACGAUGACAUGACCAUCCAACGGUUUGUGGGUGAUAAUGACCAUCUGAAAAGACUUGUCCAAAACUGUGGAAACCGGCUUCAUGUCAUUGAUAACAAAUACUGGAACAAUCCAACUGAAGGCCCCGAUUAUGAGAGAAGCAACGCUGUUCAAAUCAAAAAGCUUCUGAACACAAUUGAUCAGAUGGUGACACAGAACAGAGGGAAGCACUACACCAGUGAGAUGCUCCAGGCUGUGGUACAAGCCACUGAAGAGGAAAUGCAAGUGAUGCAGGUGCUGAUGCAGUCCUUCUUCAAGAAGACGUUCAAGGCAUAG